AUGUCUUACCAGAAUCCUAAUGCUAUUCUCGAGGUAUCCGGACGGGAAUGUCCUUGCAACAGAUAUGCCGGCGGAUGCUCCGCCCAAGGGCUGAAGAAUGCCAUUGGUUAUUCGAUCAUAAGAGGCAACGAUGACGCCGCACUCAACCAUGCAACAUCUUGUUGUCAAGAACUUCUGAAAACCCUGUGCAGCAACGGUAUGGAGCCGGUCUUCCUCGAACGGGAUCAUAGGUGCCGUUUUGUUGGUAGCCUCCUGCCAGACCUCCUUGACCAGAGAUGCUCGGCCCAGGUGCUUGAGGUAUUCUUGCGCUACACAGGCUACGUCGACCUCAAGCACCCCGAUACUCUUGGAAUACUCCAAGUGAUAAUUGAGCGUCUUCUAUGGAUGGAUCUUUGCGAGGAGAACAAACUGGACGAGCACUCACGGCUGAAGAUCGACCUCAUACUGCUCGCUAUCAGCAGCAGGUUCGACGGUGUGGAUCCCAAGUUCGAGCGCCAGUUGACCUUCAAUCGGAUCAAGCCUUGGUUGAUGGAUCGUUGUAGGUGGGCUGCUUACCCGCCCAUGGCUUCUUAUCCGCCCAACGCACACUUUCCAGCGUUUCUUGGUCUCUUGGACGCCAUGAUCUCCUGUUUCUGGGACAACCGACAUCGAGACAACGAGUUGAAUAUCCUCUCACGCACCAUCUACGACGAUGCGUUUUGGUUCAGCCUGCUUGAGAUGUUGUGGACGGAUCAACGCAUCAUCAACGGUACCAUGUGUCGCGUCGUAGACAUCUCACGCAGGCUGCUGCAUAUCGGGAAAGAGAUGAAGGAGAGGGGCAUGUGCGCGGAUCGAGACCCCUUCACAAAGAGAAACUUUUUGACUGAGGGUCGUCGCGGCUGGAAACUCCGGAAUUUGGUCAAAGAACUGAGGGAUGGCGCAAAGGGACGCAAGGAUUGUCGUAUUGCGGCAGAUUGGUCCGAUGACGUUGAAGUGGGAUUCAGAAUUGUGGGCGAGAACCAGGGACGAAUCAACUUCGACAACCAAGCUGCGAGAAUGCGCAAGAAUAGUUGGCUGGAGAUGGGCAGACUCGUGCGUUCCUGA